UUGCGGUUUAUGCAAAUCCAUCCUCGAGUCUCCUCCUCAAGUCGCAGUGAGCAGAGGGGGCAGUUCGGGGAUUUUUUUUUAGGAGUUACAUAUUUGAAAAGAGAAAGGGAAAGUAUUGCUCUUGAAAUGUGUUGAUCGUUUCGAACACUCAGCUAAAAUCUGAGCACUGCUUAGUCUACCAGCCUGAGCUGCGAAAAAAAUGUGCUUGUCCGAAAAGCAUGCCGCAGUGUGGAACUUGUAAAAAGCCGGUAGUCACACAGACAUUCUGCCGGUUGGGGUUGUUCUCUUUGUCUGUCUGAGAGCGUGCUCUUUUGUCUGGGUUUUGCUCUUUGUUGCGGGGGAAAGCGGCGCUGACAGGUUGUAUUUUUUUGGGGGUCGUCGCUGUAUUUUCGCGUAUUUAAAAUGCUACACAUUAAGAAAUAUUUAACGGAGGGACUUAUUCAGUUUACAAUUCUCUUGAGUUUAAUUGGAGUUCGCGUGGAUGUCGACACAUACUUCAACGGCUAUCUCUCGCCGCUCCUGGAGACAAAUAUUGGGCCGAGUUCAGCUUACAUACAGACACAUUUUCACAAUUUGAGGGACACUUUGGAUGGUUAUAGCCUGCACCCGAAAUGUCCCGAUUUGGACUACUAUUUCGCUAGCAGGAGGCUUCUGCACGAGGUGCGUGCGCUGGGCUCGCCCAGGUUCCCCACGCGACUCAGCGCGUGGCUGGUCCACUUGGUUCCUGCUGGUGCAGAAUCGGGCGCCGCAGGCCAGAACAGCACCGGGGCCGCGCUGUCAGACAAUGUUACCGACGGCGAGAACGGCACACAAACCGACGCGGAAGAGGAAGACAGCUGCACGUUCUACCGGAGAAGGCUGCUGGAAGACGGGAGCCAGUCUUCGGAUCCCGAAAAUGACACCAGGCCGUGCCCUAGCGAGGCAGGCAAAGAGGACACUGAGACGCUGGGAGCGUUGCUGUGGAGACGGGGGCAGGAUGACCCCCCUGCUGUCGAGGGAGGGGUCACGGAUGCGCCCCUGGGCCUGGACUGCAGUCUCACCCUGGACCCUGAGGGUCUCCAUGGAGACGGCGUACCGCUGCUGGGUGAGCUGCCGUCCGGCCUCGAACCCCAGGCCUUCCCCGGCCGGGACGUGGACCAGCAGUGGCAGGACUUCCUGUCUCUGUCCGGAUUCGACGACCUGGACGUGGACAUCUCCAGUGCCAUCAGCCAGGACGUGAGCCUGCAGGACGCCAUGGUUGCGGGGGGCGGGGCCUCCGGAGCAGAGCCUCACAGUGGAGCCGGGGGCGGAGCCAGGCGGGUGUUCCGGCUGGAGUCCUCUGACUCCUCCCACUCGUACGGGACCCCGGGCGGGUCGGGCUUCCUGGACGAGGCGGUGUUUGAGCAGAUCAACCUGCUGGGCCUGGAGGGCGUGGCCGAGCUGGAGGGCGUGGCCAGCCUGGAGGGGCGGGACUCAGACUCUGGCCUAUCGCUGGGGUCGGACUCACGUAGCCCCGCCUCCCCGGACCCCUCGGAGGUGUCGCUGGGACAGUCAGGGCACGAGGGCGCAGCGGGGUGGAGCAGCGAUGCCAUGGCAACAGACGCCAUGGCGACAGACGCGUGGUCGCCCCUGGCGAGGGCGGAGUCAGUCCAGCACAACCACACCUACCCGGCCCUCCCCCUGGCCUACCUGAGGGAGGUGAAGGAGGAGGUGCUGAGUGAGGAGGAGGAGGAGGAGGAGGAGGAGGAGGAAGGGGAGGUGAGCAGGGACGAGCGGCGUGCCCGGGCGCUCUGCAUCCCCGUGUCGGUGCGGGAGAUCGUGGGCAUGCCCGUGGAGGACUUCCUGCAGCUGCUGGGGGGGCGUGGCCUAACGGAGCCGCAGGUGACCCUGCUGCGGGACAUCCGCCGGCGCGGGAAGAACAAGCUGGCCGCGCGGAACUGCCGGCGGCGCAAGCUGGAGGCCAUCGGCCGGCUGGAGGGGGAGGUGGGCCGGCUGGAGCGCCAGAGGGAGGGGCUCCUGCGGGAGCGCGCUCAGACCGCCCGGGCCCGGACCGGCCUGCUGCAGCGACUCGGCCUGCUCACCCAGCGAAUCCUGGCCCAGCUUCGCCUUAGCCCCACCCACCACGCCCUGCACUGCUCCCCCGACGGCCAGGUCAGCGUGCUGCCCCGCGGCCACGCCCACACCCCCCGCAGGGACCGGAGGAAGAAGGACAGGAAGCGCUGACCCCCAAAAACUGCCCGCCCCCGCCCCGCUACGGGCAAGCACCUGCCCCUGUGCUGUGGGACCCCAGUUUGCUGUCCCAACAGUGCUCCACAAUGCCCUGUGUGUGUGUGUGUAUGUGUGUGUAUGUGUGACAGAGAGAUUACCUGUGUGUGUGUGAGAGGACCUGUGUGUGUGUGAGGGUGGGGGGGUGUACCUAAAACACUGGACUAAAAACUUUGUUAAAAAAUUCUGUUAAAAAAAAAAAAGAAAAAAAAAGAUUUCUGAUCCAAAUAGAUUGUGUGAUUAUAUCCUCAUCAGCUGUACACCUGGGAGGCUUGGGAGGGAACGUGUGUGAUGCAGCCGCUGAAAACCGUUUUUGAGGGCGGCAACGUUAGUUUCAUUUUUUUUUUUAAUAAAGUAAAAAAACUGAGAAAGAAAACCUUCCAAAAACGGACUCUGGGAGAGAGCACUGAAGCUCUGAAGGUCUCUUCUGCUGCUACGUUCUGAUUCCUACACGUGGAAUGGAACGUGCCGAUCCCACCACCCCGAUUGGUUCAUUUUGUGUCCAUGGUUACGGUUGCCUGCGUGCGAUUGGUUCCUGCGUGUUAGCUCUGGUGGUGUGCAGUCGUUGGGGAGGAGGAAUUUGAACCCGAGUGCGAUGACAGAUGGGCGGACAGGGGGCGCUGACGAGCACGUGCUGCGCUGCCCUGCUGCUUUUGAUUGGACGGCAAGUCACAUUCCCCUCGGGGUCAACCAAUCAGGUGCAAGCUGUGGGUGGAUUGCUUUUCUUUGCGAUUGGUUUGUGCCAUUCUUAUACAGAGCAGCGUUGGGUGAGGUCUGUCCUGUUACGCUCCCAGGAAAUGACACUGGCGAAUAAGUGACCUUAUUAUGUUUGUUGAAGAGGCUGUGCGUUGUGUUUUUUUUCAUUUUUUAAAUGAAUGGAUGCAUCUGUUAUAUGCACUGUAAUGUACAAAUUCAUAUUUUUGUAUGCAUUGUAAUCUCGUGAUAAAAGUAUUUUAUUCAAAUUUGUAACCUUAAAACAUCCGAAAGAUCUUUUUUUGAUUUUUAAUUUAUUAUGGAAAAAGGAAAUUGGUUUGUGUACAUCGGUUUGUUUUAAAGCACAAUAAACAGUUUCCCCACUGAGGUACCCUAAGGUGGGAGGUUUCUGAUUGGCCCACACUGGGAUUCAGUUUAGGCAGGCCACACUUCUGUUGGCUGUUCAAGGAGGACUGUUGCUUCCUAUUGGUGAAAAUGACAUGGGCGUGUAAUUCUAUUGGUCCUCGUCCACUGACAUCACAGAUGUACGUGGAGAUCUUUCUGGGGGGGCGAGAUACUUCACCGUAAAUGUUUGCGCAUCAGAACUGUCCCAAAAAAGUCUGUCAUCCAAAAUCUACUCACUUCGGUCUCCUGCACUUUUUUUUUUUUUUAAAGGUUAUCUGUCCAACCAGAUUGUCCUAUGAUUGCUGUGAUGUAUAUCUGUGUUUUCUGAACUAAUAACACUGGUCGGUUGGCUUCCAUUUCAGCUAGCCACUGAGCUAAUUUUACCCAGCUUGCCCACUCGGCUGCUCUGUCCGAACACAGACUGGCAUUGGGGUGUUAGCCGUGUUCCGGUGUUUCUGUGUGCUGAUGACUGUCGUGGUUCACCUGAGGGAAAGGUGCUUCUCAGCUCUGAUAGGCCGUACCUGACUGGAGGUGUUUCAGUAGCGCGUUGCGUUUACCAGGCGCGCUUUCAUCCAGGAGGGACUUGCAUAUGCUGUCCUUUCACGCAGCCGGUAUUUACUGAAGCUGCUCAGCUUGGGUACCUUUGCUCUGCGGUACAGUGAAGGGGCCCUGCCCACGGAUCGGAGGCGAAACCUGUUCCCCACGAAAAGUGUUCUGGCAACACUGGGGCGACCUGUCCUGUGAAAGAAAAAUUAAGUGGGGGAAAACGUUGCCUUUGAUGUUGUAUCUCGGGCAUCGCUUUAAAACGAUCACUUUAAAAUGGCGGUUGGAGUUCCGAUGUUUGGGAGGCUGUGUGUGCCCGUGGCCUGUGAAUGCAUGCGUUUGUGCAUGAUGAGGGUGUUUUAGCAUUUAAAGGGGAGGGUCUUAUCUGAGUGAUAUGAACUAUUUAAACUGUUUGGACACAACUUGACUGUGACCCUCCGACAUUGUUGAUUUGACUGGUAUGUUUAUUUCUUUUGUUUGUAUUUCUUUUUUUCCUUUGGGGGGGGGUGAGGGCUCUGAAGUAAGUUGUUUCUAAUAAACCUCAUUGUUCUUUUUUUUUUUGUACUUUAUCAAACUGCAAAUCUUUUGAGGUUAACUUUGAUUUUCUUUAAAGUGGGUUUCAUUUUCAUGGGUAGGGUGAGGGCAGGAUUUGGUGGAAUGGGGGCGGGACUCAGUGAUGCUCUGAUGUGUGGAUGGCUUAUCCCAUUGGCCGAGCCGGUGCAUUUCCGAUGAGGCCCAGUGGAUCUGUGCGGAUGUGACGUGCCCUCAGCCAUGUUCCUGCCGUCCUGCUCAUGUAACAGUGAUGAUGAUUGGUCAGAAUAAAAGAGAAUAACAAUAA